UCAUAGUUUACAAUUAACAUGUCCAAGAUAAGGUAGCGUAAUAGGAUUUUUUUAUUUUAUGUAUCGUGGCGGCCUUACAUUAGGGUUGCCUCGCCCAUAAAGAAAUAUGGGUUCGUAUGUUCAUUUAGUCGUUAUUUGAAGGGUGUAGUCUCUGUAGAAUGGCCGGCAUGCGAGAGGAAGAUGUAUGGUUGCGUAGGGCAGGCUAUCUCCUCGGAGAGCGAUUCAGUGGAGGAUCAUUUUCUACAAUACAUCUGGCUUUACGUAUUCGUGAUGCGUCGAAAGUUGCUGUGAAGCUCAUAGACUUGAGGACUACAACUCAAGAUUAUAGAAAAAGAUUUUUGCCGAGAGAAAUCGAAAAUGUGGCCACUUUGCAUCACCCCAACAUUAUAAAAGUUCAAUGGGUUGGAAGAAGUAAGACGAAAGCUUACAUUAUAAUGGCCCAUGCGAAGACUAAUUUACGGCAACAGAUUGCAAAAAGAUCGUUCAUCGACGAGACACAAGCUAAGAAAUGGUUUUGUCAGUUGGCAUCCGCCAUGGCCUAUUUACAUCGUCGUGGAGUAGCUCAUCGAGAUUUGAAGAUUGAAAACAUUCUCAUCGAUGAAGAGCAGAACAUAAAGCUUUGUGAUUUCGGAUUUUCAAAAGUUUGCCAACAAAAUGGCAAUCUGGGACCAAACAGCGAUACUUUCUGUGGAUCACUUGGGUAUUGCGCCCCAGAAAUUUUACUCAGAACUCCAUACAAUCCUUGGAAAACUGAUAUAUGGUCGCUUGGUGUCGUUUUGUAUAAAAUGGUGAUCGGAGGAAUGCCAUUUGGCGAAGGAAACGACCUCGGUUGUAUACGGAAAAUCGCUAAAGCACAAACACAGUUACUGGAAUUUCCCGACCAUCCUAGGAUCACAGACGAUUGCCAAAAUCUUAUUCGGUCGUUGUUAGCUUUUGAAUCUGAACAUAGAAUCACACUUGUUGACAUUUUCCGCUCAAAGUGGAUCAAUGCAGACGGUUUAUCCUGUGUUGAUACGAAUAGCUUGUCUCAUGUAUCGAGAGUGAUACAGGAAACGAACAAUCUACGAGUUCAAGAAACAAACAAUCGCGCAAUAGCGCGUGAACAGUUUGUGAAUUCCAGUCAACAGCCAUCGUCCGAUAGGCCGAAAACUUCCAUUAGACCGACCUCUGUGAUAUCACGUAUUCGCAUGAGACUACCUUCUCUAAGUACCAGACGAUUUCGCAAAGAACGCCUGUAAUAUUUUGUUUACACAAUAAACGGAAUUUAACAGAAAAAUAUAAGCUUGGAUUAUGUCCAAGAAGGAAUUAGAAAUCCAACCAACAUGUGAUAAAUUGAGUAACGCGUAACCAACAACUGUUCUUUCCCUCUACUUUCGUCAUUAUUAGACAAG